ACGGACCACGGUACACUUCACAUUCAUUCAUCAACUUGUCGGAAGUCAAGUCACCUCGAAAUGACUGCGAAGUGUCAGUCAUCACUAACAGCACUAACGUUAGUAUGCCUAUUUUUAUGUUGCUGUGUUCAUGCGGCAAUAGACAAGGCUACCAGAGAGAAGCUGUUAACGCUGCAUAACAAUGCAAGGACAUCAGUGCUACAUGGAUGGUUGGAGGGACAGCCGAUGGCCAGAUCAAUAAAACCAUUAAAAUGGAAUGUGGAGUUGGAGGAAAAAGCGCAAAUGCUGGCUGACACAUGUUACUUUGGACCUGAUAAUGCAAUAGAACGCAAAGUACCAAACUUUACUAACGUCGGACAAAAUUGGGCUGGCGCCAAUACAGUUGAAAUUGGGUUCCAACUAUGGCUGAAUGAAUACAAGAAUUACGAUUUCUUCAACCGACUCUGUUUUACUGGUCGGUGUAGUCACUAUACACAGAUCGUGUGGGAAAACACUACGGAUAUCGGAUGUGGUGUUACUAGCUGUCCGCAUUCCCCAUUCAACCUCAGCAUUGUAUGCAAUUAUGGUCCAGCAGGUGGAUGCCCAGGCCACUUUCCGUAUGAUGUAAAAGGUCAAUACAGGCAAUCGAAUAUAAGGUAUGGCAGACAAUGGUAUAAUCGGAGAUACGGAAGAUGUCGUCGGGCAUACGUGAAACAAAAGUGUAAUCUUGAAAACGCAAAACGGCUAAAUCAGACACCUGAAAUUCAAAACAGGAAGUACAAACUCAUUAAACAAUACCUCUGUCCGAAUAAAUAAAGCGUGUGAUGUAAUAAAAACACUCGUCAAUUCUUUGCACACUAUCACAAUUGAAACCACGUUCACAUCAACACACACAACACACUUGACACUUUCUUUUAUCUCCAACAUUAAAAACAAUGCUACCU